UUAUAGCUGCCCCACGCCUCCGCCCCGGCACUUUCGGCAUCGUGGCAGGAUGCUGCUGGCACUGGCGGCGUGGCUGGCCCUGAGCCUGCUGGUGGUAACGGGGUCUGAGAGGUGCGAGGGCCCCCCGGCCACCGCGUCCCGCUCCAUGCCUGCGCCCCAGCUCAGCCCCGAGGAGCGGCUCUCACCCCACAUGCCCGAAUCCCUGCGCUGCGACGCUUGCUACGCCAUCGCCUUCCAGAUCGAGGAGCAGCUGCGCAGGGCGGAGGGGAAGGUGGGCAGGAAGGUGCUGAGCGAGUCUGACUACACGGAGGUGCUGGAGAGGAGCUGCUCGCAGGGCUGGGACAGCUACGGGGUGCAGGAGCUGGAUGGGAAGAAGCGGCUGGCGGGGCCGGGGCUGCCGGGACAGGAGCCCAUGACCGUGAUGGUGAUGGGGGGGCCCUGGCCGGGCAGGCUGUCCAAGAUGUGCCACAGCCACGUGGGUGAGCGGGGAGAGGCGCAGAUCUACGGGGCGCACCGGCGGGGCCCGGCCGCGCUGCGCGAGCUGCUGUGCCACGGGGACAAGGGCGCCUGUGCCGGCGGCAAGGCCGGGGUGCCGGCACCCCCCAAGGCGCUGCAGAACGAGCUGUAGCCCCGCUGCGGUUAAUGCUUAAUGCCCCGGCGACCUUCGGAGCCGACUUCGUCCCCAGCGCCAGCCGACACGAGCCGGGAGGUGGGCACCGUCCCGGUGUCGCCCAUCACCGGCACCGCGACCGCCCCUGGACGCCCAGCCCAGCCGCGCCGGGGUGGUGGUGGCGGCAGCACGGCCGCCCCCCGCCAGCCGGGAAUUACUCUGUAACCCGCCGGCUCUAAUCUUUUACCAACGCGGGGCUCGCGGCGGGAGCGCCCCGGCCCCAGCGGCGGUGCCAGCCCUAAUUAAAGGAGUUAAUGGAU